GGCGGAGAAGCGUCGCUACUGUAAAUAAUUCAGCAUCGGCGUGAUCAACAAAAUGCAUCUGCACCAGGUGCGGGUGACUGGGGCCGUUAACCCGGGGGACUGCUGCUACUCCGUGGGAAGCGUCCACGACAUCCCGUUCACGGCCUAUGGCUCAGGCUGUGAUAUCGUGAUCCUUGCAAGUGAUUUUGAGUGUGUUCAAAUUAUUCCUGGAGCUCAGAAUGGAAACAUCCAGGUGGGCUGUGUGGAGUGCUCUCAGCAGCUCGGCCGGAUUGCUGCGUCUUAUGGAAAUACUGUUUGUAUUUUUGAACCAAUUGCUUCCAACCCAAACAAACGUUACAAGCAAUUGAAUUACCAAUGGCAAAAGACUGGUCAGUUCUUUCUCAAUGCUAUAACCUACAAUCUGGCCUGGGACCCCCAAGGCAAUCGUAUCUUGGCAGCAACUGAGUGUUUGCAGCUGUGGGCUCCUCCGACCAGUGACACGCUGAUAGAGGAAGAGGACAGUCAGCUGAAUGAUGACACAGCUCAUGAGAUCAUACUCAACGACUGGAAAUGUGUCUGGCAGUGCAGAACUGCUGCUGCUGUUCAGAUCACUCAGUGGUCUCCAGAUGGGGAAUACUUCGCCACAGCUGGAAAGGAUGACUGCCUGCUGAAGGUGUGGUAUCCUACCACAGGAUGGAAGUCUGCAGUGGUGAUGCCAGACGUGACUGAUAAAAAGAUCCCAGCGGUUCAUUUCUCCUUUGUGUAUCUGGCACAUCCACGUAUGGUCACAGGCUUCUCCUGGAGGAAGACCAGUAAAUAUAUGCCCAAGGGCUCUGUGUGUAACGUGUUGCUGACGUCCUGCGCGGAUGGCAUCUGUCGUCUGUGGAGUGAGACCCUUUUGCCUGAGGACAGUCUGUUGGGGGGGCAGAUCUCGGAGAACAGCACCAGCUUCAGCUCCUCUCUGCCAAACAUCGCUCAGAAAGACAAGAUACAGCACGCUCUCGAGUCUAUCCACCACCUCAAGCACCUGCGCAGGGGCCGCAGAAGAUCGUCUGCCCUGGUAGCCCACACAGAGCUGCUGCCCAGCCAGCUGGGAUCCCACGAAACUCACCGCCACAUUUCACACCACGCCAACGCCCUCUGCCAUUUCCACAUCUCUGCCAGCAUCAAUCCCAACACAGAUAUCCCCGCAGCGCUGGCUGGAUCGGGACUGUUUUCUGAGGACAUCAGUGGAGGGUUUAUGGUUCACUGGCUGAAUAAUAAAGAUCUGAGCUUCACCACCUCCAUGGACCUGUUCAUGCAGCUGCUGCGCAAACUUUCUGAACAACACCUGGAACAGCCCACUGAAGACUUUGAGCAGGAGGGGACAGCCAAGUUUGACUUCGAUCUGGAUGAGAUGUCUGAUAAGGGCUCUUCAGAGCAUGAGGAGGCAGAUCAGGAGGGCAGCACCAAGGCCUCUUCUCCAGGUUCGAGCAGCAGUGUUCCUCUGCCCUCUGUUUUGCUGGAUCGGAAGCUGGAUGCUCUCAUCCUGGAGUGGAACAAGAGUCCAGACAUGCUUUUCACUAUUCACCCGCUCGAUGGAUCUUUCCUUGUCUGGCAUGUCAAGUACCUGGAUGAGUUUAUACCUGGCAUCUUCAGACAGGUUCAGGUAAAUCUCUCCUCUCGUAUCCCAGUGGCGUUCCCCACUGGGGAUGCUAACUCCCUCAGUAAGAACAUCAUGAUGUACACCUGUAACUUUUAUGUGGACCAAGAGUAUUGUAACGCUCUGGAGGAUAAGAGAAGUGAGCGGCGGGUUCCUCAGAGUGCAUCUGCGUCCGCGGGGCUCAGUGCUUUUGGACACUCUCUCACUGCUGUCAUCGGCCCAGCUGUCAUGAUGGUGUCCAAACACGUGAUGGGAUCGCUCAACCAAUGGGCUGUAACCUUUGCUGAGAAGUCCGCCUUUUCGAAUGUCCCUCACACAGUUUCGCACAAGUUCCGUUACUGCGGCCACCGUUUCCAUCUCAAUGAUUUGGCUUGUCAGGCACACAGUCCCCUUCCCUUACUGCUGACAUCAUCUCAUCAACAAUGCAUUUUGACUCCACCCUCUGGAUCUGGAAGCAUUGAUGGAGAUCAGAAUGGGGGCGUAGCUCUACAACCCACCAGGCCAAUGAGAGGCGUUCCUUGUAAACAGUUGCGAAAUGCAGCCACACGUACGUUCCAUGACCCGAAUGCGAUCUACAGUGAGCUGAUCCUCUGGAGAGUCGAUCAUAUUGGCCCCCUCUCCUGCACAGGGGGCGUGUCAGAGCUAGCACGAAUCAACUCGCUCCACACAUCUGCGUUCUCCAACGUGGCCUGGCUGCCAACACUCGUCCCUAGCUCAGUGCUUGGAUCAUACUGUAACUCAGCUAGUGCGUGCUUUGUGGCGUCUGAUGGUAAAAACCUGCGUCUGUAUCAGGCUGUGGUGGAUGCCCGCAAACUACUGGAUGAACUCUCCGACCCAGAGACCUCUAAACUGGUGGGUGAAGUAUUCAACAUUGUGAGUCAGCAGUCCACUGCCCGACCCGGCUGCAUCAUAGAGCUGGAUGUCAUUACUAACCAGUGUGGCUCAAACACACAGCUGCUCCACGUAUUUCAGGAGGAUUUUAUUUUAGGCUACAAACCACAUGAAGACAUCCCAGAUUUCAGCAGUACUAGUGUUCCCUCUGCAGAAGAGUACCAGCCCCCUCCUUUCUCAGAAAAGUUCUACCUGGUGGUGAUCGAGAAGGAUGCAAAUCAGAACUCCGUAUUACAGAUGUGGCAUCUUCAUCUGCGCUCGGUUCAGGCAUGUGUGGAAGAGCCAGUAAAUGACCAUGUGUUCCAGAACCAGCUGACAGUUCCUUUGAGUCAGAACUAUGGUGACUCAUCUCCUGACACCACUCCAGCUCAUAGUCAGCUGCCUCGCUCCUCCUCUUCUGCCAACCUGCAGUCAGCCAGCAAACUCAUCCUGAGCUCUAAACUGGUCUACAGUCAGCGUCUAGACCUUCCACCAGGGGUGGAGCUAAUCAGUGCUACGCCUUCUGCCGGUCACUUGAGCUCCUCGUCUAUCUACCCUGUGUGUUUGGCUCCAUACCUGAUUGUGACCACCUGUUCUGAUGGACGUGUCAGGUUCUGGCACUGUAGGGUUGACAUGGAAUUAUCAGCACCACACCCCGAAGAGACACGUCGUUCAUAUCGGUGGGAGCAAUGGAGUCUCUUGAAAGAGGAAGACAUCGACAGCUCUGUGUGUGUUGCGGGCCGACCCGUUGCAGUCAGCUGCUCCUACACGGGAAGACUUGCUGUGUCGUUCAAACAGAUGUCGCCUGAGAAUGAGGGUGGCAUGCCUCAGGACUUCUCCAUGCUUGUAUCCAUCUAUGAGUGUGAGUCGACGGGUGGCUCGGAGUGGGUCCUGGAACAGACAAUUCACCUCGAUGAUUUUAGCAAACCUGUGAAAACGCUAGAUCCAUGUGUCAGUGUUGAUAGCAAUUUAGUUGUCUAUAGCAAAUCAGAUCUGUUUGUAACCAAAGACAGCCCUAAUAUCAAACACUUUGUGCACUUGGACUGGCUGUCAAAAGAAGAUGGGUCGCACAUCCUGACGGUCGGGGUUGGAUCCAACAUCCUUAUGUAUGGACGCAUCUCAGGGGUUGUCACAGAGCAGACAGGAGUGAAGGAUGGCAUGGCAGUCACCCUGCCUCUAGGGGGCAGUAUAAAGCAGGGAAUUCGCUCUCGUUGGGUGCUUCUGAGGUCAGUAAACCUCGUCUCUUCCGUGGAUGGUACCCCAUCCCUGCCGGUGUCCCUAUCCUGGGUGCGUGAUGGCAUUCUGGUGGUGGGCAUGGAUUGCGAGAUGCAGGUUUUUGCACAGUGGGGAGGCAAGACGAAAAAACCGGGCUACUCAGACAACAACAUUAUCUCAUCCCCAGAGGGCAUUGGAGGUCGCAUUGUGUCUGUUUCAAAUGAGGGCAGAGCACGAUCUAAGAGUGUCUUCGAGGGUAGUGCAGGAAUUGAUGAAGCGUUACGCCCCCCAGCAGUGAUUCAGGAUGGAGGCUUGUUUGAAGCUGCCCAUUCAUUGUCGCCCACUCUUCCACAAUACCAUCCAACCCAGUUGCUAGAGCUUAUGGACCUUGGAAGGGUACGUCGUGCUAAGGCCAUUUUGGCACACUUGGUCAAGUGCAUUGCUGGAGAAGUUGCAGUGGUGAGGGAUGUGGAAGCAGGUGAGGGUGGUGCCAGGAGGCAUCUAUCCCGAACCAUCAGCGUGACAGGUAGCACGGCAAAAGACAUUAUCGUUGCUGGCCGAGAUGGUGGGCGAGAUUACACCGAAAUCAACUCCAUUCCCCCUCUUCCGCUAUACGCCCUGCUGUCUGCAGACCAGGACACCUCUUACAAAUGGGAGAGGAAGCGGGAAAAAGGGGCAGAUCGUGAGACACAGAAACAACCAGAGGAUCAGUACUCUGAUCUGUUUCAGGUGCAGACUGUCACCACUGACGAUUUUGUGAGCUUUGCUGCAGAGAAACCAGAGAAGAAGUCUCGUGUGAUUAACCUAUCACAGUACGGCCCCACGUACUUUGGCCCUGAACACGCACAAGUGCUGUCUUCACAUCUUAUGCACUCCAGCCUGCCAGGUCUCACACGCCUUGAGCAGAUGUUCCUCGUGGCUCUUGCCGAUACUGUGGCGACUACAAGUGCAGAAGUAGCAGGACCCACAGAUAAACAGUACACUGGUGGAGAUGCUCUAGAUGAGUGUGGUCUACGUUACCUGCUGGCCAUGAGGUUACAUACCUGUCUGCUGACAUCCCUGCCCCCACUCUACAGGAUGCAGCUACUGCAUCAGGGUGUGUCCACAUGUCACUUUGCAUGGGCGUUCCACUCAGAAGCUGAGGAGGAGAUGCUGAACAUGAUUCCUGCCAUGCAGAGAGGAGAUCCGCAGUGGUCUGAGCUCAGGGCUGUGGGCGCCGGUUGGUGGGUCAGAAACAUAAAUACACUGAGGCGGAUGGUGGAGAAGGUAGCCAAAGCAGCAUUUCAGAGGCAUAGUGAUCCGCUGGAUGCAGCUCUAUUCUAUCUGGCCAUGAAGAAGAAGGCUGUUCUCUGGGGUCUCUUUAGGUCUCAACAUGAUGAGAAGAUGACCCAGUUUUUCAGCCAUAACUUCAGUGAGGACCGCUGGAGGAAGGCGGCUUUAAAGAACGCCUUCUCCCUCCUGGGCAAACAGCGCUUUGAGCAGUCAGCUGCAUUUUUCCUGCUCGCUGGCUCCCUGAAAGACGCCAUUGAGGUUUGUCUGGAGAAAAUGGAGGACAUCCAGCUUGCGAUGAUUGUUGCUCGUCUUCACGAGGCUGAUUAUGAGAGUUCCUCCACAUGUCAGGGUAUCCUGUAUGAGAAGGUUCUCGGCUGCAACAGAGAUGGAAGUGGCUUUUCCUGUACCAAACUGCACCCUGACCCAUUCCUGAGGAGCAUUGCGUACUGGAUCAUGAAGGACUACACCAGAGCCCUGGACACACUGCUGGAGCAGAUUUACAAAGAGGAUGAUCAGAACCCUGAUGUUCUGGUGAAAUCUUGCAAUCCUGUCGUCUUUAGUUUCUAUAACUACUUGCGCGCACACCCUCUGAUUAUUAGACGGCAUUUUGCCAAGCCCGAAGCAUCUGGGGUUGCAGUUGGUAUAACAUCAGAACGCAACUGCGCAGACGAAAUAAACCUGAUAGAGCGGAAACUCUUCUUCACCACCGCUAAUGCUCACUUUAAGGUGGGCUGCCCACUUCUGGCCCUUGAGGUCUUAUCCAAAAUCCCUAAAGUCACUAAGAAAGCAUCUUCUCUGAGUAAGGGCUCAUCUGUGGCCAAUGUCAGUGCCCCCCAGCCGCAGGAGAAUGGAGGAAAGGCUUCAGAUUUCGCCUGGGGAACAGAGUCCUCUGCCGGGUUGGACUGGAGUCAACCAAUGGUUAAAAUGGAGGAUGAGGGUCUACAGUUGGAUUGGGGUUAUGAUAAAGAAGAAGAUGAGGACGAAGAGGGUGGGCUGACCAUGAAGAAACCAGAGGUGGAGGAUGAGGAUGCCAAAAAGCCAUCCAAAUCAGCAGCUGUGCAGCGUGAAGACUCAAAGGGUGAGUCAGAGGUGGAUGUGAUCGCCGAACAGCUGAAGUUCCGAGCCUGUUUGAAGAUCCUCAUGACGGAGCUGCGGACGCUGGCAACAGGAUAUGAGGUGGAUGGUGGCAAACUGCGAUUUCAGCUAAACUGGCUGGAGAAGGAAAUCGAGGCCAUGCACUACAUCUGCAAUUAUAAGUUUGAGGGGAAAGCUGCCGCAGGUCAGCUGGAGAAAUGGGGAGAUGAUGCAUCUCUGGACCUGGAAGACUCACAGAUCCGUGGUGAAGCAGGUGCAUACGAACGUCAUCAGAUGGAGCGACGGCGUCUGCAGGCCAAGCAGCUACAUGCAGAGCGAAGGAAAUCCUGGCUGAGAGAGAAUCAGGCUCUGCUCAGAGUCUUCCUCAGUUACUGCAGUCUACACGGAGCCAAGGGUGGAGGAGUGACUUCUGUCAGAAUGGAGCUACUCUUUCUGCUGCAGGAAUCACAACAAGAAAUGACAGUGAAGCAGCUUCAAUCACCACUCCCCCUCCCCACUACUCUGCCACUGCUGUCGGCCAGCAUCGCCCCCACCAAGACUGUCAUCGCCAACCCUGUCCUGCAUCUCAGAAACCACAUACAUGAUAUCCUCUACACCAUUGUCCAGAUGGAGGCUCCACCUCACCCAGACGUUCUGGACGACCGGGUGAAUGCUUUACACACACUCGCUGCUUCUCUAUCAGCGUGUAUCUACCAAUCGCUGUGUGACAGCCACAGCUACAGUAGUCAGUCGGAGACCAAUCAGUUCACAGGGAUGGUCUAUCAGGGGCUGUUACUGAGCGACAGGCGUAGACUUCGCACUGAGAGCAUUGAGGAACAUGCAACGCCCACCUCUGCCCCUGCACAGUGGCCAGGUGUGUCGUCUCUGAUCAGUCUGCUGGCGUGUGCUCAGGGUGAUGAUCAAAUUCGUCUGAACGUCAUGUUGUGUGAGGCAGUGGUGGCUGUGUAUCUAAGUCUGCUGAUUCACGGUCUUGGCACACAUUCUGGAAAUGAGCUCUUCCGGCUGGCUGCUCAUCCACUCAACAACCGCAUGUGGGCAGCCGUGUUUGGGGGUGGAGCCAAACUUAUUGUCAGACCCAAGCGGCCACCUGAAAUCACUCCAGCAGUACCUCCUCCAGCCCCUCCUGCUGAGGACGUGGACCGACAGCGACGCAGGUUUAACAUGCGCAUGCUUGUUCCUGGACGUCCCGUUAAAGAGACUCCAGCCACACCUCCGCCCAUCCCUGUAGAGCGGCCCACCUAUAAGGAGAAAUUCAUUCCACCUGAGCUCAGCAUGUGGGAUUACUUUGUGGCCAAACCUUUCCUUCCUCUCUCUGACAGCGGGGCACUGUAUGAUUCAGAUGAGAGUGGUGGUAGUGACAAUGAGGAUGAUGAUGAUGAUGCCUUCCUCUCAGACACACAGAUGACAGAACACUCUGAUCCAAACUCCUACAGUUGGUCUCUGAUCCGCCUUGUGAUGGUCAAACUUGCCCUGCACAAUGUCAAGACAUUCCUGCCCCUGACAGGACUGGACUUCACAGAGUUGCCAGUGACAUCUCCCCUGGCCAAUGCUAUGCUCAAGACACUGGAAAACUGGGAACAGAUUCUCCUGGAAAAAAUGAACAAAUUUGACAGCCCUCCACCAAACUACAUCAACACCUUCCCCACGGACCUGAGUGCUGGCGGGGGACCGGCUAUACUCAGACACAAAGCCAUGCUAGAACCAGAUAACACACCGUUCAAGUCAAAGCACCGCCUCUCCUUCCCUGCUCGCCGUCUGUGGCAUUUUCUAGUCAAGCAGGAGGUUCUCCAGGAGACUUUAAUUCGAUACAUCUUCACAAAGAAAAGGAAGCAGAGUGAGUCUUUAGAUGAUCAUGUGGACCACCUCAUACAAAACUACGUUACUGGAGCUCGAAAAACCAACAAGGUGGAGGCUGAUAUGGGUUACCCGGGAGGCAAAGCCAAAAUUAUCCAUAAAGAAUCUGACAUCAUCAUGGCGUUUGCCAUUAACAAGGCUAACACUAAUGAAUUAGUGCUGGCGUCUACUCAUGAUGUCCAGGAAGUGGACGUGUCCUCACUGCUCGCAGCUCAGCCUUACACCUGGAUCGGAGAGGACUUUGACAAGGAGUCUCGCAGCUCUGAUGAUGUGGAUUAUCGCUCAUCUCACACCAACAUCGCCCAGGCCAGUGCCAGUCCCUUUGCCCCCCAACAAAUGGCAGCAUCAUCCUCCAUGCCAUGGCUGGGCAGCGGACAGACCAGCAUGGGUGCCAGUGUGAUCAUGAAGAGGAACCUGAAUAACGUGAAGAGAAUGACAUCUCAUCCCAUCUAUCAGUACUAUAUGACGGGUGCUCAGGACGGCAGUGUGAGGAUGUUUGAGUGGAAUCGUCCACAGCAGCUCAUUUGUUUCAGACAGGCUGGAAACGCUCGAGUCACACGCCUCUAUUUCAACUCACAGGGCAACAAGUGUGGUGUUGCAGAUGGUGAGGGCUUUUUGAGCCUCUGGCAAGUCAAUCAGACCUCCUCAAACCCCAAACCUUAUUUGAGCUGGCAAUGUCACAGUAAAAGCUGCAGUGAUUUCGCCUUCAUUACGUCCUCCAGUCUGAUUGCCACAGCAGGACAGUCCAACGAUGGCAGGAAUGUUUGUUUAUGGGACACUCUGAUCUCUCCAAGUAACUCUAUGAUACACGCAUUCCAGUGCCAUGAGAACGGCGCAACGGUUCUUCAAUAUGCUCCUAAACAGCAGCUCAUCAUCACGGGCGGACGGAAGGGAUUCGUCUGUAUUUUUGACAUCCGUCAGAGACAGUUGCUCCACACAUUCCAGGCACAUGAUUCAACCAUCAAAGCAAUGGCCAUGGACUCCACUGAAGACUUCUUUGUCACCGGCUCAGCUGAAGGGAACAUGAAGGUCUGGAAGUUGGCGGGUCACGGUCUCAUGCACUCCUUCAGCACCGAGCACGCUAAACAGUCCAUAUUCCGAAACAUCGGCGCCGGCGUGAUGAAAAUUGAAACCUGCCCAGGCAACCGGAUCUUCACCUGCGGAGCCGACGGGACCCUGAAAAUGAGGGUCCUUCCCGACCGCUGCAACAUUCCGGCCAGUAUAUUCCAGAUCCUCUAACACCGGAGCACCCGUAGAACGCUAACGCUUUCAUCGGCACCUCCACGUUUCCUUAGCUGUGAAUUGUAAACAGGUAACAAAUGUCUCGCGCUGCAGAAUAUCUUUACACCCCGCCCCACAAAAGAUGUUGGAAGACACGCAUGAGGUCCCUCAAUUCUAACGAUCGACUACUGUCAUUUCUGGAGAUGAAUCCAGAUAACAUGUUGGUAGGAAAGCCGUAUGCAUGAGCUGUUUGAGUCAUCGCACUCCAUUCCCAGGUUAUUGGUCGUGCUCUGUAAAAGUGCUCAAAGCUCCAUUUUUAAGUGUGUAUGUGUGUGUGUCUUCAUUUUGUGCCCAUUUUAGCAUCUAAAUACCAGCACUGUGCUUCUGAUAUCAGUGUAAGUCCAGUUGUUGGAUUAUGUUUUUACUGUACGUUUUCUCCUUGGCUGCUAAUGUAUGUGCAGAGUGUAAAAAUGGCAGAGUACCCUGGCGGCCCGGCGAUUGCGCCGUGGCCCCAGAGACACACCCCCUCCCUUCCACACGCACACGCUGCUGACACGCUUGUUUCUGUAGCAGCCAAACAGCUAAACAUUCCAUGCAAGAUGAUGAUGCUUGCUCCUGGAAAUGACGUUUUUGACCUUUUCAUCUCUCAAGCCCAGAAAUUCUCACUUUGAACAGAAAACGUUUCGUUUUUGCACAAAAUAUUUGUUUGUUUGUUUGCUCGUUUUAGUUUCGUUUGUUCUUCUACAAAUUCUUGUAUUUAUAUUUAAUUUUAGGAAUGUAACUUCCGUUUUAGAUGUCUGGGACAAAGUGCAACACUGAAUAGGUUUUGUUUUAUUUAUUUAUAUAUUUAUUUUUUCAUGUUUUAUCUAUUCUAAGUAUUUGCACUCAGAUCUGGGGAAACAAUAACAAGUGAUUACGUUACAAGUGAUAAAAGCUCUAUUAGAGGAAACUGUUAUUUACAAAUGAAUGUCUGGCUGUUUGUGGCCGAGUAGUAAAAAGUGGAAAUAGUUUUAAAUGAAUAAAUAUAUAUAUAUAUAAAUAUAAAAAUGAUUUACGACAAUAGCUUGUACAAACACAAUAACGCUUUUAGUUUAUAUUUUGAUUUUAGCAUAACUGCUGGAAUAGUUGUAUAUUUAGUUUGAUGUAUGUGAUAUUUAUUAAAAUCAUAUUUGUGUUUCUGUCUGAUUUGCUGGGCACCAUGUCAACUGUGCGUAUUUUAAAUGUUCAACCGAUGGUCUGAUGUGUAUUUAUUGAAAAGCCUGAUCUGUCUGCGUGUGUGAAAAUGCAAACCCCAAAAACACUGGUUGAUAUUUCUGAAGGAACAGGUAGUUCUGUCAUGGUCAAAGUUUUACCUUUGUAAGUUGAAUAAAUUCUUUUUAUUUGAAUUAAAUCAUUUCACUUUUA